AUGUAUACAAGUAAUUUUGGUGGUACAACUGAGUUUUGUUGUCCGGAAUUUUUUCACACUGGAAGUUGUCAACCAUUUCUAGCUGAUAUAUGGGCUAUGAUGGUAACAUUAUAUGUAAUAAUAUUUCGUCGAUAUCCAUUUUUAAAUCCUGACGAAAUAAAACGAUGCCAAUUAGAUUUAAAAUUUUUACAAUCACGUAUUUCAGAAGAACUUUAUGAUUUAUUUACAUCUACACUUACUCAUCAACCAUAUCAUCGUUUGACAAUGCAUGAAAUUGAAAAACAUGAUUGGGUUCAACAACCAUUUCAUAUGGAAUUGUAUUCAUGGAAUACUGUUACGCAAAAUUCAUUAGAAGAAACAUUUUUAACUGGCAAUCAUCUACCAAGUGGUGAAGAUGAUAAUAGUAAUGAUCAUUCAUUUGCUAGUUUAACACGUCAAAUACAAAAUCAAUUUAAUUUAUUUGAUAAAAAUAAAAAAGAUAUCAAGUCAGAUAAGAAUGAUCUUGUUGCUUAUUUAAAUUGUAAACAUGCUUCGAUUUAA